GGGAGAAAUUUAAAAUCUGGGUGACUAAAGGGAAGAGAAGGGAUGAUGAGUUCUGCGUGCAGAUGUGCGGUAUCCGGUGGAGGGCGGAGCGAGAGGUGGGGGGUUGAGGAAGAGGAGGAGGAAGGAGUUGCGGGGAGAAGAGGAGAGAGGAGCGGACAGGGGCUGCAGCGGAAGCCGGGCACCGACUGGCUGAGUGCGGGGGAGGAAUGAGAAGCAGGAGUCGGUGGUCUCUGCUUCACAAGGACUGAAUAGUUUGGUGGUCAAGCGCGCACGUCUURAGAACAGCGGGAGGUGCAUUACGUCAUCGCCCUGGAUGACCGCGCGCACAGGACGGGAUGAUGCGGCGCUGCUGGACUAGAGGGGAAACCGGUGCCGCACGCGAGCGCCCGCGGGCGGGGUCUCGCGCGGGGAGACAAGAAGAAGGGAAGCCGCCUUCGCGCGGCCGUGGGGUCUGAUGGCUCCUCGCGCCCGGGGCGGGAAACAGACACAGCAGAAGAAGCAGCAGCAGCAGCAGUCGCCGCGGCGCGAGAGGAGCAGCAGCGGCGGCGGAGGGUCUCUGGGAAGUGACGUGGUGUCCGCGCCCCGCCAGCGAGCACCACGGUGCGGUUGUCGUGCAUUUCGCAGGAGGGCAGGGGGAGCGGGAAGGGGAACAUGGCCGCGCAGUCGGACGGCGGCAAAGCCGGGGUCGGCUUCGCGCAGCUGUACGACGUGGACGCCGAGGAGCCCCUGGACUCCGCCGCCAUCCACAUCUGCCAGUGCUGCCGCUCCUCCGCCUGCUACUGGGGCUGCCGCUCCGCCUGCCUCGGCUCCCUGCUCGGUGGGGGCCAGCCCCUCGGAGGGGCCGGAGUCCGGGAGACCCACUGCCCACCCCGCGAGCAGCUGUGGCUGGACUGCCUCUGGAUCGUCCUGGCCCUGCUGGUCUUCUUCUGGGACGUGGGCACGGACCUGUGCCUGGCGGCGGACUACUACCAGAGGCGGGACUACCUCUGGUUCGGCCUCACGCUCUUCUUCGUGCUGGUGCCGUCCGUGCUGGUCCAGAUUCUGAGCUUCCGCUGGUUCGUGCAGGACUACACCGGCGGGGGGCUCGGGGAGGUGGAGGGGCUGACCAAGCGGGGCACGGUGGCCCUGGGRUGCCUGUACCCCGGGAAGGACCGCCUGCAGCUGGUCACCAUCUGGCUGUGGCAGGCCGUCAUCCACGUCCUCCAGCUGGGACAGGUGUGGAGGUAUAUCAGGACCCUAUACCUGGGCGUCAUGUCGCGCCGACAGAAGGAGCAUCAGCGGCGGUGGUACUGGGCCAUGAUGUUCGAGUACGCGGACGUCAACAUGCUGCGCCUGCUGGAGACCUUCCUCGAGUCUGCACCUCAGCUGGUCCUGCAGCUCUGCAUCAUGAUUCAGGAGAACCGGGCCGAGACUCUGCAGUGCGUCUCCUCCCUGGCUUCCCUCCUGUCCCUCGCCUGGGUUUUGGCGUCCUACCACAAACUACUGCGAGACUCCCGGGACGACCAGCGCAGCAUGAGCUACCGCGGAGCACUGCUGCACCUUUUCUGGCGCCUCUUCACCAUCUCGUCCCGCGUCCUCUCCCUCGCCCUCUUCGCCUCCCUCUUCCACAUCUACUUCGGUAUCUUCGUGGUGGUCCACUGGUGCGCCAUGGCCUUCUGGGUGGUGCACGGAGGCACCGACUUCUGUAUGUCCAAGUGGGAGGAGGUGCUUUUCAACAUGGUGGUUGGGAUCGUCUACAUCUUCUGCUGGUUUAAUGUGAAGGAAGGGCGUACACGUUCCCGAAUGAUAGCUUAUUACACUGUGGUGUUGGCUGAAAACUCCAUCCUUACUGGCCUGUGGUACGCUUACCGUGAUCCAGCGCUGACCGACUCGUACGCCAUGCCGGCCCUGUGCGGCGUCUACCUGACGUUUGCUGGGGGCGUCUUGGUCAUGCUCCUGUACUACGGCUUCCUGCACCCAGCCACCGCCCACCUGCAGCCGAGCCCCGCUUCAUCCUGUUGCGCCCAGCUGCUCUGGGGUCUCCCGCUUCCSCCCUCGGCUCCGCCCACUGCUCCGCCCACCCCGGCCCACAUGGCCAAGUCGCAGACGGAGGAGGACGUGGCAGAGACGUGUCUCCCCGUCUUCCAGGUGAGGUCUGCCCCCCCAACCUCCAGGCCCGAGGGGCCGCUCAUAAAGAUCGACAUGCCCAGGAAGCGUUAUCCGGCGUGGGACGCUCACUACGUAGACAGGCGCCUGCGGAGGACUAUAAACAUCCUGCAGUACAUAACGCCUGCCGCUGUGGGCAUCCGCUAUCGUGACGGACCCUUGUUGUAUGAACUUUUGCAGUACGAGUCCUCGCUCUGACACACACCCAUCCCACACGCACGCACACACACAAGUACACUUGAGCACACACAGCACCAUAAAAAUGUACGCAUAUGUGAUUGUUCAGAUUUAGAGAAGAUAGAAACAUUUUCAUGUUCACAAAGUUGAUAUAAGCACAUGCGCAUUAAAGCAAUCUCUCACGUGCACAAUCCCACACACACUGUCCCGUAGCCAUGACUCAGCAAGAUGCUUCAGCACAAGUCCAUCUUUACCCGUUUUCAACUUAUUUGCUCUGUUCGGCUCCUUCGGGUCGCGUUUCAUUUGGUUUUGUUCUUUUGAAUUUCGCUCCGCUGCGAAGAAAACUUGCAAAAAAGAGAGAAAAAAAUAAGAUCCCUAUUUUUGUUGCGAUCAUCAUCAUCAUUCGUUCAGAGGUUUCAAUAGAGUUAAGCAACAUGAGACGAAGAAAGAAAAAAUAUUAACUUUUAAUAAAAAGGAAUUGUGAAUAUGUUGCUGUUAGUCUAGUCCAAAAGUAGUGUAAAUAUUUUAUUAUGUGCAAAAACAGAUGUAUUUUAAUGUACUGUGACUUUAUGGUUGGGCAGGAGGCAACAUAGAGUAGGUUUAAAUUGGUUACCASAAAGAAUCAGAGCAGGAUUACAUAACUAACAAAAGAAAAAUCUCAUCUGAGGUCAACUAACAUGACACUUUAGGGAACAGGAAACAAAGGACCRUUGAGGACCACAAGACAAACAGUUUUUUUUUAAAAUAAUAACUAAACAGAAACAGCCUGAUUAAUCUACCUUUAAAAUAAACAAUUCCUCUUCACCAGUACAAAUAAAAUGUAAUACAGAGCACAAAUUAUACCACUGUAGAUAUAAAACUCCGCAGCACAAUAAAAAAAGCAGUUGUGAAAAAUA